UAAUUUUCAUCUUGAAGUAUUAUGGUUUACCAAUUUCUCAGAAGACUCUCCAAUCCUAAUGUUUCCGUGACACCCACCCAACUUCCUGAGUCCCAACAACAAACUGUCUCCAAGCCUGUAUCUGCUAAUGAAGGACAGAACUCAGUUAAGUCCCCUAUAAUUCAGUCACUCCCCAUGAACAAAAGCCUUUUUAACGUUCAACAGGAAGAUUUGAAAAAGAGAAACCAGAAAUUCCUCAGCUCUUCUGACAACUUGAUUGUUGGAUUGUAACGAUAUUUACGUAUAUAAUGUCAAUAAAUAUUUGGUGAUGUGAUCAACCAGCUGUUUGUCAUCAAUGUCAAGGGUCUCUAACUCUUCAUGUUUUGGGUCAUGUCUCUCCAAAAGUAUUUCAUAAAAAAGCUCCAUACAGUAUGUUCGUAUGGGCAGGACUCUGUGUGUUUUAAUCACAUUUAUGAUUCUUUUGAUGCUAAUAGUGGCGGUUUUUUUGUCUUGACCCUGAAUACAGAGCCACAUCAUCACCCGAAGACUUAAUUUGAUCCUAAUCAAAUUUGAACAAUUGAUCUGGAGAUUAUAAGCCUUUACAUAUAAGGAUGAUAGAUAUUCUGUAGGAACAUAAGAGUUGGAUUCAAACAUUUUCACCAUUAAGUUUAAUCCAUGCAUGUACUC